AAUUUAAAUAUUCAUUAAUUAAACACAUAAAUAUAAAUCAAUAAGUGCAGUUCAAACCCAACCUCGCAGUUCCACCUGCACCCCCUUCUUUUCUUCUACCUCCUCCACGUUCACAACCUCUUCAAUUUUUCUUCUUCCACACCUCUCUCUCUGUACAGUAAUUUACAGUUUUUAAUUGAAAUAUAGAAAUUUAGAGAAAUUUGAAGGAAAGAUGAACGGCAGGGAUUCGGUUGUUUGCCCUAAGCCCCGCCGCGUCGGAUUCAAUUUCGCCGUUAACGACCAUCCGGCAAGAGCCUUCCGGUGGCAUCUCAGUUGCCAGAUUGAACCGUGUGAUUCAAACUCCUCUGGCUCAAAUCCCUUGGAUACCAUUCUCACCAAGGAUGUUGAUUGUGAUAUAGAACAGUUAUGUCCUCCGGUAGCCUCGUCGCCCCCAUUUUUUUGCGGGUCACCGCCGAGCAGAGUAGCUAACCCACUAAUUCAGGAUGCUCGAUUUGGGGAUGAGAAUUUCCCCCCUCUCUCACCGUCGUCUUGGGUGGUGGUUCCCACCCAAUCCGGUCUGCCACCGUCUCCCUCAUCCUCUGGAAGGAAGGGAGGAUGUGUUCGGGCCAAUUUUGGCAACAAUCCGGCGGUGAGAGUUGAAGGAUUUGAUUGCCUCGACAGGGAUAGCCGAAAUUGCAGCAUCCCUGCCUUGGCUUAGAACUACAACAACAACUUAAUAUACACAUCUUUUGACACUAGAAUUUCAGUUUCAGUUUACUACAGAAAUACAACAACAACAACCAUAUAAGAGCCACGGGAAAGGAAUUUUGGAUGUCCAGAGUAUGAAGAGGAAAAAAAGAAAGUUAAAAUUUUAUCUUGUUUGUAAAUAUGUUGAGUUUAAUCGAUCAGUGUCGGUGUAUGUAAAUGUCAAUAGUUUGUGUCUUGUUUAGGAAUAACGUAUAUAUAGUCCACUAAAUAAUGAGGUCAAGGUCGCUGAUUGAGGGUUAAUUUGGGUGUUAUAUGCCCUAUCUUGUACCAGUGUCUUAAAAACCAUCCUCUUGUUUGUAAGUAGAAGAGUCAUUAGAGGAUGGGUGUAUUUCAUCUUUUUGAUUUUUCUUUUAUGGUCUUUGAAUUGUAACUAUGAGCUUAAAAAGGAAAUUUUGUACAAAGAAGUAGUUUAUUUUGAGAA